AUGCCGACGGCCAACCGAAAGCCCCGCGAUCCCAACCUUCCAGCAGAGGCGUGGGAACCCUUCAAGGAACAUAUCAAACAGCAUCUCAGGGCCGGUGGAACAGUGAAACAAUUGAUGGAGUUUAUGGAGCGGACUUUUGGUUUCAAAGCCAGCCUGAGGCAAUAUCGACAUCGCAUCAGCCAGUGGGGCUUGGACACGAAGGUAAAGAAGCAUGAGAUGGAGGCAAUAGUUCGAGUGCAGCACAGGCGGCGUCUAAAAGAGCCUGGCAAGAAUGAGCUCGCAUUCUGGGUGAGGGACCGGCUGGUUCCUAAACACAAAAUCGACAGGUUUCAGAAGGCGAACGGGAUCCCAAAUGACGUUCCGUACUCCCCACCAUCUCACGGACCAACACCACCGUCCGUCAGGUACCAAACCGUUUCCCCUCCGGGGACGCCUCAACCAACGACCUCUCAGCCAGUCGUUUUUCAAAAUUCGGAACCCCCUGCUCAGGUCUCGGUGCCCACAGAUGCAACCAUCGAGGAAGGUGCAGGGACAUUAAGAUCACCAGACUGGCCUGAGGGGGCAACUCGGCGUCACCAGGGUUUAGCCAGCUCUUCCCACUCACAAGACCCGAGGCCCUCGCAACCGUUUUGGGACUUCAUGGAUGUUGAGAUGGAACUGCGGCAGGAUCGCCCGAUCCAUCCUGAGCCUCAAGGGACCGUCCCCAGCCGGCUCACGCCAGGCCCAGACCAGAACAGCACCAUUGCCUCCGACCUCAUUUCCGCUGAUGCCACCACCUUCGGCUUGUCUUUGCCUGACAUUUCUGAUCUCUCGAUGCCCAUGUCCGACCUUAACUUCCGCGAGGACCAUGUUGAGUCGACCUCCCUAGCACCUCUAGCGCAGGACGGUGCAGCUGGGCCAUUGAUGGACAUACCCCCAACUCCCGGCCCGGUGGCAGAAGUGGGAGAGCGGUACAAUCAUCAAGCGCGGCAGCACGGCUCCGAAGGCGACGGCAAUUCACGCUCGGAUGACUUGUUCGAUCAGAUAAUCCGGAUUGAUGAGGCUUCAGGCGAUCUCGGACCAUGCGCCACAGCCUCCAGCGCUCUCGGCGAUGAACACACUCCAUCACCUGCUCGAGCUCCCACAGAAGCCGAGGAGGGGCCAGGUCGAGACCCAACACCAACACCCAAGGAGCCACAGCAGGCCGGUCGCCGGUCUCCCAAAGGCAAAGGUCCCGACCUCCCAUCGCGCACCACAGCCGCGGGAGAAACGUCAGACACACUGGGACGGGAUUCGCCGUCCCCAUCAGACUCUGCGUCCGAUUUGGCUCUCAAGCGGGACUUGGCAUCCGACCUGGCACGCAUCAAAAGCUACCUGGAUUCCAGAAAUACGAAAGCCGCGAUGUCACUCUUUCACAAGCUCUUAGAGCGACUUUCCGAGCCAGUGGAACACGGAUUCCUCCCGCGCACACGCACACUCAUCAUGGCGUUUGACAACCGGCCCCGUUUUGUGGAGCUCCGAGAGCUGAUAACGGGCUUUGAGGCCGCCAUCCGGCGUGAGAGCACUCAGCUCGGUCGCCACCAUCCUCGGACGCUGCAUCUUCGAGUUGCCUUUGUCCAUCUCAUCCUGAAAAUGCUCCGUGACUCGAAAGAGAAAGAGGAGCGACUGGGCGAGGACGAAGUCGAGGAGAUCAUGCGCAUCUCGCACUCACAACUGAGAGAAAUCUAUGGAUGUUGCUUUACCGGCGACGCCCUGGAACGUUUUGUUCCAUCUCUCGACGACGACACGACGGACGACAAAGAGAAGCUCGACCACCUGGUUCCAGAUUACUCUUUUCUGAAGACUUUUGUGACGGCUUGUGCAAAGCCACCCUCCCUGGUCGUCGUAAGGAUGUGA